AUGCAACCUUCUUUGACAUUACGUGCUGCUCAUAAACCUUUAAUUCGCUUCCUUGGUCCAAGAGCUACCCUUUGGAAAGAUGCACCUCAUCACAGCGGACCACACCCUCUUACACCUCCCAACCUUGUCAAACAUGUCGCUCAAGCAGAACCACAGGCUUCCGUAAAUAAAGCAGUAAACUCGGGAUCUAUUGAGUUUGGUCAGCUGCCUACCAAAUACCGUCGUGCAGUGAUCACAGAGGCAGAAAUGGAAGCUAUCGAGAGCGGUGGAGCUACAGCUAUCUUUUAA